AUGGCGGCACAAUUUCUGAAAUUUGGGGUACCAAUGAUCGUAAGUAAAUAAUUUUAGAACUUUUUAUUUGAUGACGCUGAAAUCAUUCGACAUUUCAGUUUAAAUCUCUCCUUGUUAUUUUUAUUGACAAAGGAUACAUUUUAUUCCGCAAAAGGAGAUGUAUUUUAUUUCCUGUCACAACUCUCGCUAUAAGCUUAAAUGAGUUUACUCCAUUUUCUGUUUUCGUCUACAAUUAAGCUCAUAAAUGAGUUAACAACGUGUUCCAUUUUCUGUUUUCGCUGUGUAUUUAGACCUUAAUUGUUGGAGGAUCAUUUGCACUGAAAGAAUUCACUGAAAUCAAAAUCAAACGCCGAGACGAAAAAGGUCACGCGGUAUGUAAAUAUUUUCCGGUCUCUACGAUUCUGUAUUGAAAAAGCCCUGUUCCCCCCUCCCCCCCACCCCCACCUCCCCUGCCGUUGAACGGGGUAACGUUUUCAGGGAAUUGAGUCUUUAAAAGGGUAUACAGUUACUAUAUUUGGCAUCAUUAACAGAGUGUGUUUGAGCCCAGUUUAUCAGAGUGUGAAGGCUGCAGAUGAACAGUCUGUUUGUUGCCAACAGUUUUUCCAAAAAAAUUAGUUCCAUGAUAUUAGUUUGAAAAAAUACAACCUAAUUCUGUAUGCAAAAGAGUAGCAAAAUGUUUGUCUUAAACAGUGUCAGCACAGGCAGACCACCCUCUGUUAGUGGGGGCCGUUCACAGGAAAAAAUAACGGAUUCCCAUUUUUGAAUAUUUUUGGGUAUUUAAAGAAUACCCACAAAAAUCCCAAAUUUGGAAGAGACCAGCUUUCUCAACAUGACCAGUGCAAAAAUCUCAACCAAAGGCAUUUGAGGUAUGCACGUCGAUUCAAAUCCACCAAUCAACGUAUCGCGACCGUUGGCAGUUAAAAAUCACAACCCUACCCCGCACAGGAAUGUUUGUUCUGUCGUGAUACGCUGAUUGGUAAAUUUGAAUCAACGCGCAUAACUCAAAUGCCUUUGGUUGAGAUUUUUGCACCGGUCAUGUCGAGAAAGCUGGUCUUGUAACUUCAGGAUCGCUUUUCUUGAGAAAUUUUGGAAGGAUUGAGCUCUCAUUCGGAUGGGGCAUGGAUACAUAUCUAGUCGAUCGGGAGCCGGUAUUUCCGAGGUAAGAAAUAAAAUAAUUUGGCGUCAGUUCCAGCUUCAAUAAGACUGGGUCGCGCACCUGUGGCUGAUUGCUGCCUGCCUUGUCUCCUUCUUUAGCUCUAACCACCGAGGUCAAAUAUUCAUCUUGCAAAAUAGCGCCUAAAACAGCAUGGGAUGGCGAUAAAAACAUGACACAUGACUCAGUUAACAUUUUCUUCAAACUUUUAUUGAAAAAUUUGCUUUAAAUUCUGCAUUUUGGAACAAAUUAUAGUCACUGUAUUGUUCAUAUGUACUUCUUCUAUAAAUAACAAAAGAUCGUUGCUCAGAUUUCAAUCAACAAUGGCCCCCACUAACAGAGGGUGGUCUGCCUGUGGUGUCAGGUUUUGAAGGCUCCAGUGGCACAUCUCUUCCCAAACUUCCAUUGAGUGCUCAUUACCCACCCAGUCCAUGAAAAGUUGUACCACACAACUGGGGUCUAUGCCCCCCACUCUUUAUAUCCCACNAAAAAAAAACAACGGUUUGUUGAUUCUUGCUGAAAAGUUCCCUCCCCACAUCAGCGGGUGUUCCCAGGGUGGUCUGUGUUUUUGUGGGUCCCGUGGCCCCCCCCCCCCCCCACUCCCCCUGGGGGCCCCCCCCCCCCCCCCCGCAGCGGUUUUGCUAAUUUGUCACCAGCUGUGGCCUCAACAUGUUGCUCAAGUCUUGCUGGUGUCUCUUGUGGAAAUCCUAUGGACAACCCUACAUGCUUGCAAAGGACUUUAUUGAAUUCUCCACGAUGACUCAACACGGUGACAGGGGAUGAACCAGGACUAACAUUCCAAUUGAUAUCAACCCCUUCAUUACCCACCCAGUCCAUGAAAAAUUGUACCACACCACUGGGGUCUAUGCCCCCCACUCUUUACAUCCCACAAGAAACAGAACAGUGAAAGAUCUGUGAGACAAGGCUUAUGGUUUUUUGUCCUUAUCUGAGAAGACUAGAAUAUCUAACCAUUUGUAGAUUACAAAACAAAGGCAGCUAAUUCUCCUCAGUUAUUUUAAGACCCUGACUGUUGGUCCAGCCAGGGUUUGAACCCGCAACCUCCUGCUCGGCAGACUGGUGCUUUUCCAAUUGAGCUAACCAGAUCAUGGUGGUGACAGUUCUAUAAUAGCAAGUAAAAUUUAAUUUUAUCUUUUUUCAGUUAAAUAAGGAAGAAGCCUUAGAGGUGUUGCCUCACAAAAAGAAACAAGCUUCCUUAGAAGAAGAGUAUAAGGUAGACAGAUAUAAUUUUGGCAUUAUGUGAGCUGAGGGGUAGUUAAAGCCAUUUCAAACCACAGGAUAACUACUCAGCCUCACCUUACCCAAUCUCUGUAACAUGGUAAUUUGAAGCAUUGUCAGUACAUCCUGUACAGGAUUCUAGUACAUCAAAGCAAUCUGCAACAAAAUUGUUGAGGCACUGUUGUGAAAUGGGGUAUAUUUAGAAGCAAUAACAUAUAACAACAUUACUGAUGUCUCAUUUUAAGCCAUACUCAAACUAUUUAAUACAAGGCAUUAGUUGCAUGAAACAGUUAUAUGGGUGUAUAGAUUUGGCAUCAGUUAUAAAUGGCGUGAUCAUUUAAAUUAGAUAUAAUCUGAGUUGUGGUUCAAAUUGUCCUUGGUUUAAUUUUAUUUUCCUUUGUUCCAGACUCAUUAUCAUAAAUCACCAUACCCAUAAAGAAAAUGAAAUUAAAUCUAAACCAAAGAUGAAAUUGAGCAACAAAAUUUAUUUUACAAAUAUUUUUAGGCAUGUUUGAGUCAUUUUAAGUUCAAUCUGUGCAUGUUAUUUAUUAUAUUCCUGUUCCUAAACUCAAUGCUACCACAGAGUAUACUAUAUCUGCAGUAUAGAAAAUUAAUAGAAUACGUUUUUGCAAACCUGAAAGUUUGUGUAUUUUGUCAGGUGAGCUGUGUUUGUGUGUAAUUUCUUUUCUUUCAAUUUUUUGCAGGCCAUUACCAAAAAACUUGACAUUGACAAUUGGGAGAACAAGCGAGGACCUCGGCCAUGGGAGCAAUGA